CCAGACAGCGCAUUGCGCAAAGCAGUGGAGUUGAGUGUGCAUGUUACACGGUUAAACAUGUUAAAAAGUUUUUCUGAAAUUUUAGUUUUAUGUUGCAUAUGGUGCCCAAAUCAUUCAAUAAGAACUGAUAUAUUGAACUUUUCUCCGUCUUGAUUAAGUGGGAAAGUUAGAAAAUUAUUUAGUGAAUAUAAUUUAGUUUCAUUUUAAUUCAGUCAACAGCUUUGUGUAAAACUACACCAUGCCUAAAGGAAAGAAAAAAGGAAAAUACGAGCACAAGAGGACGGAGCAGGGCUACUCCUCAGAUGAGGAUGCCGGCAUUGACAUGACUAUUGACAACAUGUCUGAGACCUCAGGGCAGUCUGACCUAAGGAGCAUUCACGAUGAAGCAGACGCAGAAAUCCAAGAGAAGUUCGAAGAGAAAGUGAUGGAAACCAUUGACGGGCUAGGUGCCCGUGCGAACGCUGCGCGCGCCGCCGCCUUUGUUUCACUGCGGGCAGCUCUCCAACGGAGAUAUCUGGCGCCCUUGCUGGCCAACCAUAGAGCAACGCUGGCCGAUCAUCUCACCAAGGCCAUUCGGCGAGGCAAGGAUGGCGAGAGGAAGGCAGCUGCAUCUCUUGCGCCUCUGUUAGCGCUACAGAUCGGUGAAGAGGGCACAGAGGAGUUCAUGAAGGAAGUGCGGCCCGCGCUGGCCGCCUGCGCCGUGGACAAGACCGCCUCCAUCGAGACACGCACAGAGUGUUGCCUGUCUUUAUCCGUGGUAUGCUACUUGCUGGAGGAAGACCUCACCGAAAUAUUGGAGGUUAUGCGCAUGUACGAAACCAUCUUCAGUGGCAGCUAUCUGAAGGGAGUUUCGCAGGGCGACGGUUCCGUCAAAGUGUCGGGGCAGGCCGUGGAGCAGGGCGCGCUGCACGCGGCCGCGCUGGACGGCUGGGCGCUGCUGCUGUCGCUGCCGCCCGCCGAGCACGCCGCCGCGCUGCUGCGCUCCUCGCCGCCCGGCCUGCCGAGGCUCGCUGAUCUGCUGACCGCUGCUAGUCUAGAGGUGCGCAUGGCCGCAGGCGGCGCGCUCGCCAUCGCGUACGAGUGCGUGCUGGACACGGAGGCGGGCGACUCGGCGGCGGAGCACGUGGCCAGCCUGCUGCCGCGCCUCGACGAGCUGGCGCGCGACUCGCACAAGUUCCGCGCCAAGAAGGAGCGCAAGCUGCAGCGCGCCACCUUCCGCGACAUACUCAAGUACUUCGAGGAGGAGACGGUGCCGGCGCUGGCGGUGCGCGUGGGCGCGGAGCGGGUGCAGUGCGGCACGUGGUGGGCGCGCGCGGCGUACGGCGCGCUGGCCGCCACGCUGGGCGCCGGCCUGCAGGCGCUGGCGCCGCACUCGGCCGCGCUGCGCCGGGCGCUCGGCCUGCCCGACGCCGUCGCCACCCCGCUGCCCAAGCAGAAGCUCAACAAGUUGCAUCGGCAUCUCGCCAACAACGCCGCGGACAAGGCGCGAACAGUGGCGCGCGGCAAGAACCGCGACAAGCGCUCGGCGGCGCUCGCCAUGUGAACCCGACCGACACGUGCCCUGCACGACCCGACGGAGCCCUGCACGACCCGACCGCGCCCGACGGAACCCUGCACGACCCGACCGCGCCCGACGGAACCCUGCACGACCCGACCGCGCCUGACGGAGCCCGAAUGCAUCGCGCGCACUGGUAUCUGAGUUACACGAUCCGCCUGUUCUAUCGCUAUAUUUUUGUCUGUGAACCCUACUUUAGGAUAAAUGAAGGGGAUUUGUGUAAUUACACCGUAAAAUCUCAACGAACACGCACUAGGACUCUAGGGCUCUAGGACUAGGACUCUGCUGUAACCGCUUAUACAGUGUGCUAGUUAUAUCUCAAAUUGUCGAUUUCUUGUUAAGUUAGGUUUAGAUUAUUGCGGUUGUUUUACAUUUUGAAACUAUUGUGAUUGAUAUUUUAAAUUGCAGUCAUUGUUGAUUUGAUAUUGAUUUUGGUUGUAUAUUCGAAAGGAAAUCGUUUUUUUGUAGUUAAAGAUUAGUGUUAAUGUGUAACCCACUUACCGCUCGGCGGUAUAUUUAAAUUGUCCCAGUUAUGAUCGGGAAUAUUAUAGUCAUUACUGGCUUAUUUUAGGUUCCAACUGCUAAAAAAACUUUCAGGUAUUUUUGUUUUGUUGAAAUAACGCUAGAGUAGUGUUUUAAUGUAUAACCAAAGAAAUUCGUCGUCGUAUUGGAUUUUUGUAUUAAAAUUGAAGAGCAAAAAUUGUUGGAACCUAUUUGCAUCAUCUGAUAUGUCUGGUGCUGGCUACCUUCAUCAAGUAGGCUAGUGCUGUUAAGUUAGUUCAAUCACUUGUUCUGGAACGUGCUUCAUAUCAGAAUACUAUCGGCGUUCUUAUACAACAUCGACAUUUGUCGUUUAUUUAUUAUUUGUUUCGUUAUUUUAUUGUCUAUUGUAUAUUUGUCUUUAAUUAUCAUACAUUAGGCUUAGAUCUUGAUGACAUGAACAUGCAAGACUUGUUUCUUAUCAUAUGGAUUUGCAUUAAGGUGUUGUCAUAUAUCAUAUCGUUUUGUAUUAUACUUGUCAUUGCUUACUCCUCGACUUGAGGCCGUGCUAAAGACCAGCUCAAACCAAGACGCGACGCACUGCUAUCGUACGUUCAGCAGGUUGCGCUGGCUCUAACUAGCGCCACUGCCAAAUGAUGCAAUAUUAAGCGGGAUACGUUACGUACUCUAAUUAUUUACAUUGCUAUAUUAUUAAAUUUACAUCAUAGUUUAUUACGAUUUUGAUUUGUUAUUAACAGUAGGUACUGUAAAUUAGCUAAUUUUAAUAUAUGAAAUGCUUUGGAUCGAGUGUAAACGUCAAGUUGUGGAGUAAGGAGAGUUACUCAACUUUUUAAUCGUUUCAUGUUUAAACUGGCCACAAUAUAUUGGCCUCUGAAUUGAGACAAGCCUAAGAGUGAAUUUUGAAUGAAAUAGGAAUAUGGAAAUUAAAAAGCUGGAUAACAUCCAUUUUAUUUUAAAGUUAACAAUGUAAUUACUAUUUACGACUUGUACAGUGCAUUGCACGAGUGAUAAAUUGUCAGAUAAUGUAUAGUGCAAGUAUAUAAACUUUCUCUGUAAAUAUUAUUUUGAUUGGUAGUAUGUAGGAAGUUGAAAUAAUAUUUAUGCAGAACAAA